GGGGUGGGGGGCGCACGAUGAACACCGCGAAGGCCGUCAAGAACGCGCUGGUGUGCCUGGUGCUGCUGCCCCGCUUCCUGCUGGCCGCGGUCAUGUUCUGGCUCCUGGACUUUCUGUGCAUCCGGAGGAGGUUUUUCCUCCGGAUGAAGGAGCGGGAGGAGAGCGACGCCAUGGACCCUCCUCUCUGCAUCUCCGACUCCAACCGCUUCUUCACUCUGGACUCCCUCAAGGCGGUGUGGCACGGACACAAGUUGGACCUCCUCAAGGCGGCGCGCGUCGGCCGCGGCGCGCCCAACACGGAGGUGGUGCGGCUGGAGGACGAGCGGCGCGGGCGCAUCCUGGACUUCGCCCGAGACAGGAGACCGCUCAUCCUCAACUUCGGCAGCUGCACUUGACCCCCCUUCAUGGCGCGCCUCAAGGCGUUCCAGGGGCUGGUGCUGGACCACGCCGACAUCGCCGACUCGGUGCUGGUGUACAUCGAGGAGGCGCACCCUUCGGACGGCUGGGUGAGCACCGACGCGCCCUACCAGAUCCCCAAGCACCGCUGCCUGCAGGACCGGCUCCACGCGGCGCAGCUCAUGCGCUCCGAGGCGCCCGGGUGCCCGGUGGUGGUCGACGGCAUGGAGAACCCCUGCAACGCCGCCUACGGCGCCUACUUCGACAGACUUUACAUCCUGCAGGAGGGCAAGAUAGUUUACCAGGGGGGGAGGGGACCCGAGGGCUACCGGAUCUCGGAGCUCAGAGACUGGCUGGAGCGGUACCGGGAGAGGCUGGUGCAAGGCAACAGCCUGGUCAUUCACGUGUAGACGCAUGUAGAGCUGCUAGGAAACAACCGAAAUGCUGCAUAUUUUGGGUAUUAUAACUCCUCUUCAGUCUGACUAGUAUUUUGUGUGUGUAUGAGCCUCCCUCCGCACCAUUUUGGGGUGAAUUUACCUGCACCAAAAAAAAAAAAAAAAAAAAAAAAAAGGUUAGUUUGUCUUUUUAAUGUAAUGUUAUGUAAUGUGGGCAAGUGCGCAUCACUGCGCUCCUCGGUAUUGUUGUGAAGUUCGGUUCUGAAACGGUGUACGUCCGGAGAACCGCUACUGAUGUAUGAGAUCCUAAGGAGCGUCGAUUGCUGCUCUCUUGUCCAUAUCGCUUUUUUUAUAUAUAUAUAUAUAUAUAUAUAUACAUUAUAGACUGUGUGCGUGCGCGUGCGUGUGUGCUUUUAUGCGUAUAUUUUUUCAUACAAUAAAAUGUCUUCAUCUACCUCUA